AGGGAGAGAGACGGAGGCAGGUGGAGGGCGCAAACAGAGAGAAACCAAGUGGGAAGGAAAAAACAAGAUGAAGGGAAGAAAGGAAAGGAGCGCUGCCUCUCGUAAAGCACGCUGACAGAAACAAACAGAGAGAGAGAGAGGCAGGGAGGAACUGGAUAACCCAGCGACUCCGGCACGGUUUCUAGCAGAGGGAAGGAGGAGGAAGAGUGCGAUGCUACAGUGCUGCUCUGCCUGAACCAAAGCAGGAGGAAAGGAAGGAGCAACAGAGAGGAGGAGGAGGAGAAGGAAUCCCUCGAAAAACAGCCUGAAGAGUGGACAGAGAAAGAGGAUGGAGGAGAGGAGAACACGCAGAAACCCCUGGGUGCUCAGGCUCACAUGAGUGUAUGGACCUGUGCCCGGCCGGAGUUACUACAAGAUGCUGUCAAAGAACGAGCGUACGAGGGCGGAGUGUUAGUGUGCGAGCGAUGGGUGUCUGUUUGCACAAACUACGGCCGCUCCGCAAAAGUCAGCAGAAGUAGACGAGAGGCUCGGGUCUCUGUCAGAGCAGGUGUGUGCGAGUGUUGGUGUGAGAACAUAUGACACACCAGCUGUUUUAGGAGGUAAACAGAGCCGGGGUAGCCCAGAGGAGAGGAGAAGGAAGACACGUUCACGUGAAGAAGUGCAUGGAAGGCGAAUCGCACACGCGGAGUCAACCGGUUCAGAGUCACAGUUAGUGGUGUGAGGAAAGCGUGGCGGACAGCACAUUUAAUAGAAGACACGGAGUUUACAAUGAGGUGUCACUGAGCUUCUCCGGGGUUCCUGACUUCUCUAUACCAAACCAGCCACCUGAAGCCACUCCCUACCUCAACUCAACCCAACAAGUGGACUUGAACACUGAGAGACAAGGACUUGAACCCCAGCUGUCUGGGAAGCCCACCUGAAGUGGGGUCAGUCCUGACUUUCUGUGCCCAGUGGAUGCCUCCUGACUCCAACCAUGGGAGAAUGGACCAUCCUAGAGCGCCUCCUGGAGGCCGCUGUUCAGCAGCACUCUACUAUGAUUGGAAGGAUCUUGCUGACUGUCGUUGUCAUCUUCCGUAUUCUGAUCGUGGCCAUCGUCGGAGAGACGGUGUAUGAGGAUGAGCAGACCAUGUUCAUCUGUAAUACUUUACAGCCGGGCUGCAACCAAGCUUGCUAUGACAAAGCCUUCCCCAUUUCCCACAUCCGCUACUGGGUCUUCCAGAUCAUACUGGUGUGCACACCCAGCCUCUGCUUUAUCACCUACUCUGUCCAUCAGUCAGCCAAGCAGAGAGACCGGCGCUACUCUUUUCUCUAUCCAAUAAUGGAGAGGGACUACGGCGGAAGGGAUGGGGCUCGGAAGCUCCGCAACAUAAAUGGAAUUCUAGUUCAGCACGGAGGGGAUAGUGGAGGAGGGAAGGAAGAACCUGACUGUCUGGAGGUGAAGGAGAUCCCCAAUGCCCCACGGGGCCUCACGCACGGGAAGAGCUCCAAGGUUCGGCGUCAAGAAGGGAUCUCCCGCUUUUACAUCAUUCAGGUGGUGUUCAGAAACGCCCUAGAGAUUGGCUUCUUAGCGGGCCAGUACUUCCUUUAUGGCUUCAGCGUGCCUGGGAUUUUCGAGUGCGACCGCUACCCGUGUCUCAAGGAGGUGGAGUGCUACGUGUCCCGGCCCACAGAAAAAACGGUUUUCCUGGUCUUCAUGUUUGCCGUGAGCGGCAUUUGCGUGGUGCUCAAUCUGGCCGAGCUCAAUCAUCUCGGCUGGCGCAAGAUCAAGGCCGCCAUCAGGGGCGUCCAGGCCCGCAGGAAGUCUAUCUGUGAAAUCAGGAAGAAGGACAUGGCGCAUCUGUCUCAGCCACCCAACCUGGGACGCACACAGUCCAGCGAAUCGGCCUACGUCUGACGAUGAAGACAGAUAACAGAGGGGGAGCGGGAUGAAUGUGCAACAGAGAGAAUGAACGAAUUCUGAUUUUAAUUUAAUGAAGAUGGUGUGGAGGUCAAACAAGAUGACCUCUCCUCUAUGACAGAAUGAAACAGAAUGUAAAAAAAAGACCAAACCUCGGGCUCUGCGGCGCUGAAAGUCAGCAGAGGCUUGAGAAGGAAGAAAAUUAGAGAGCAUCAAAGAGGACAAUAAAUUUCGUUUCGCAAACAUACAUAAUAAAGACACGCUGAUCUCAUAAGGAGAUAGUCCAACUGCCAUUUUAUACUUCUGUCUUUUUUAACUAACGACCUUCUCUGCUUCUCGUUUCUUAUGCGGAGAAUAAAAUCCUCACGGGGCUGAUCUAGAGAUGAGAGUAAGAGGGCAAGAGGGAGGAAAACAGAUGAGAGGCUGUUUUGUGUUCUCUGGGGAUAUUCGAAGGCGACAUGGUUGUGUGAUGCAUCCCAUGGUGCUUUUCUUCUGGACUGU